GUAAUGGACAAUCUGGUUCAAAACGGAUUCCAGUUUUAUAACUGGCAGGGAGGAGAAGCUGCAGCUGGCCAUUAUGGCAUAUCCCACGCUGUCGCCGUACCUGCUGGUGCACGUACUCUCUUCGUUGGAGGUCAGAUUGGAAUCAAGGAAGAUGGGACUGUGCCGGCGGAUUUGAAGGAAGAAAUCGAGCUUGCAUUUCACCAUGUAACACUCGCUCUUCAAGCAGCUGGACUAGGAGAAGAUUGCUGGAGUUAUGUCUUUUCGAUGAGAACAUUUGAGAACCCUAAAGAUGGAAAUUCCAUCACUAAUGAGGUCCUGUCCGUCACAAAACAAUUAUUGAAGCACAGUCGACCGAUUUGGACCGGCUUGGCAGGAGGACAAUUUCCACUUCCAGGAUUACACUUCUUAAUUGAAGUCCAAGCUUACCUGCCCGUAUAA